AUGUGUGCUAUCCGAUCUGCGCCGGCCGCGAGCCCUGAGUCUGAAGCCCCGUGGCUGCAUCCAGCCGGCAGAGAGGUAUCGUUGUGCGACGAUUACAGUCUACCUGUCGACUUUGUGAACAAGAGACGUCCCGCGAGCGCUGCAGCUGCAACGUCCACGGUGCAAUGGACGCUACCUAGUCCUACUGUAGAGAAUGCGGAAAUCGAGGUUGUGGAACAAUACAGCGACCCUAGAGACAGCAAGAGUAAAGCGUACGUGGAACCAGGAGCGGAGUUGUCCUUGCCGACGAUUUACAGCAGAGAAAAUCGUAACUACUGUCGACCGUACACAGAUCCUUCAGCGUCUGGGUCAUCCUGCGAAGACGACGAAAACGGGCGAGCAGUGAUCGUUAGAAAACGAAAGAAUAGUGUCUACGCUUCCUCGGCCCGAGCUCCAUCAGUGGACAGGGACACUUUAACUUCAACCGAUGGUCUACUCGUAGACUGCGUCGCUUUAGUACAUCUCACUGAUCAAUCCCCGACCGAGUCUGCUCAACCCGUGCGUCAUCCAUCGCCAUAUUAUUACGGCGAUCUUUUCAAGAUACCGGAGCAACAGCCCAAAUCGCAGCCAAAUAAAUAUCGUAAGAGCGUCAGUCUCGAUGUACCAGACGAGCGUUCGCGCACACCCGGUUUACCCAAAAGAAACUCGGUAGCGGGUGAUGGAGGAUCGUAUUCAUCUCAGCCACGGCAUUAUCAACAAGCACAACAGCAGUAUCCACCGCCGCCGUUACCGUCGCAAUAUCGCAGUCAGGAUCUAGUGAGCCCCACAUCGGGGAACGAGCAUGGUGUUCCAGGCAGAAACGAGAUCCUCUCGUCGUGCAUCAUCACCGAGUGGGAUCAUACCCUCAUGCCUCCUCAUAGGCUGUUGAGCCAUGAUCUGCCUACCACCGUUUGUACCUGCGUCGCAUCGCCUGAAGAGGAGGAGGAUGAGCUAGACCGACGGCAGCCGCAAGGGGCGCGGCAUCAAGUGCGCAAGCUACGACGUACGCGGAGGAUAGACCCGCAGCUGAUACUCGUCGAGAACGAGGACGACGUGGAGGGUGAGGACGAGGGAGAAGAGGGGGACGAGGAGGACGCGGAGCCUGAGGAAGAGGACGAGGAAGGGAUGGCUAGGCAACGUCACCUCUACGAGACGGCCUUCGACUGCAAGGUCAAUCGCUCCGACGAUGAUCUUGACGAUCUCGAUCGAGUCACUAAUCACGCGGUACUGCAUUCCCAGAUACGAGGUGGUAAUACCGCGCCAGUGAGUAGAACGAGUUCGUCAACGGACACGUCGAAGCAACAACAUCAGCAGUCGCUUCCUUAUGCUGGUCAAUCGCAGUCAAACAAGGAUAGACGUAAAGUCGUACUUCUCCGCCCAAAACCGAUUCCGAGCCGCCUGCAGCAGCAACAGCAACAGCAGCAGCAGCAACAACAGCAGCAGCAACAAUCGCAACAACAGUCAGACAAUAUAUCUACUUUGUCCCAAGAUAUCGAGUCCCUCCAGAUCAAUUCAAGCGACGAGAAAACCGGAUCGCCGAGAUUACCAGCACGUGAUUAUACACCGUCACCACCGUCGACCGCACCCUUACCCGCGAAAUUUCACGGAAACCGAGAUCAUUUGCUGUUGAACAUUCGCAGCGCGCCAAAUUUACCUUCGCAACAAGAUCAUCCCCGUUUGAAGGACAUGAGAUUACCGGUAAAAUCGUUGUUGCGCGCCAAAGAAUCACCGCAGAGUAGCGAGGGCAGCAUUCUUGAAAUCAAGAGUCGACCAAAGACCUUCGUCCAGGAGAACAUUGAUUCUUCACAGGGCCGGCGAUUUGAUAAAGAGCUCAUACUGGAGUUCAAGGACAGGCCCCGGGAGGAGAGACAACGACCACGCAGUCUGAUUCGCGAGAACAGGCCAAUAAUGGAGUUCAAGGGUAGGCCCCACGAAGCGGAAGGUGAUCUUGCACGACCGCGAAGAGACGCUGGCCUUUUAGAGUUCAAGUUACGUACUUCGAGGCGUCGCAUUGGUUACUCCAGUACGGAGAGCAUGGCGACCAGUAGCAGCGGCGGUAGUAUGGAGUCCAUCAGAAGUAGUACUAGCGAGGGCAACAGAUCGACCAGCAGUUCCGACAGUCGGCACAGCACCAGAUCACUGAGCUCUCAUAGUUCCGACAGCGGCGGCACCAACUGCUACCAUCAUCAUCAUCAUCAACAGCCGUCGCUACCUGGCUUUCUAAACCAUCACGCCACCAAGUUGCAUAUCCUCUCGCCAAUCUCCGACAAGUCGUCGCAAGAGCCGGCCUCGGAGACUUCCGACAACAAUCGCAACAAUAACUCACAGAAGGCCUCGCCCGAGGAGAACAUUACCGCGGAGAAUAACGUCACUGCAGGCAACAACACCAACACGAACACAGUCACUUCGCCUAUGGACACGUCUUUUAAGAAGCGACGAACGCCGCAAAAUAAGAAUCUUAUUAAUCUUGCUUUGCAGUCGUCGUCGUCGGGCGAUGCGGAAAUCCAGGGUUCAGACAGCGGUAUAUCCAUUGAGUCCCGCGCUGGUAUCAAGUGCAAACCUUUCGGGUUCCAUCUGUUAAAGCCGCAGCUUGACAAUAUUAAUUUCGUUGCCAAUGAGCCGGAACUCUCGGAUCUACCUUUCGACAUGCCGAAGCUACGUAGAAGACGGCUGCUGAUGCAACAAGAUGCCACUACAUCCGGAAGUGCGACCAGUGUAGACUUAAGAGAUCUACCCUUUGAUAUGCCGAAACUCAGGAAACGUCUCAGAUGUACUCAGAGUACCGAAUCCAGUGCGUCUCAGGCGUCGUCCAGUCUCUCGGUACGCGACGUGGAGCCGCCUCUUUUAUUUGGCGGCGGUCUGGCGCGUCCGAAGAUGACUCUGAAUCUGGAUGCCAGUAGUAUUGCAGCGGGAACGAGUGCGAAUUCGGGCGGUCAAUUGGUACCGAAAAAACCUGGUGGCCUAAGCCUCGGUUUACCGCUGGAAAUCAACACCGCUCGAAUAUCAGCUGAUCUGGUUGAUGUGGAGCUUCCAUUGGAGAGACAAGGAUGGUAUCACGGCUCUAUCACACGCAUCGAGGCAGAGGGUCUUCUGCGAGUUCACCAAGAAGGAAGCUAUCUGGUGAGGAACAGCGAGUCGACCAAACAAGACUAUUCUCUAUCCCUGAAGAGCGCCCGUGGUUUUAUGCACAUGCGCAUCCAGAAGAACGAAGAGCUGAACGCAUACAUUCUGGGGCAGUUUAGCAAACCGUUCGAAAACAUACCGGAAAUGGUCCGUCAUUUCAGCGUGAAUCGUCUUCCGAUACGCGGUGCCGAGCACAUGUGUCUCCUGCACCCAGUCAUAGUUCAGCUUUUGUAGCGCAUCUAUCGUAGCGCCAUUUAAGGCGCUGUGAUUUUGAUAAUCUGUUUUCUUUUUUUCCCGACGAGUGCCGAAGCGCGCGAUUGCGAAUGAACGGUAAGCUUGAUAUAGCGAACGAGAUGUAGGAAAUAUUAUUCUCAAACAAGGGAGUCUUCCGAGAGUCCGCGAGACGUGGUUGACCCAUGAGAUUCUCCGUAUCAAUUCGCAUUCUGGUUGAAUGAACCGUUCCGCACGAAGAGCGUCAGAGAUAAUGGACAAUAAUAGCAUCGACGAGGAAUACCGCUUCGUCGCGAAAUGUUAGGGGAAGUACAGUACAAAAGUAUAAACGAUGACAUUGAGCGAAGCUGCUCAACGAAUAUACAGUGCGAUCGAUCAGACGAGAACGUCCAGGUCCGUGCAAUUUGUUGGGAGAGGCCGGUAUUAAACUAUGUAUGAGGAAUCUCAGGUCGCUCCAAGUGAGGAUACUUGCUCACAACGUCAUCUUUUUGACAACACUUUACUUUCGCAUGUCUAGUCCAAGUUUAUAGUCCAAGUUUUUAUUGCACAAUAAAAUUAGAGUCAAUAGGAGCAGUGAAUGCUUCCCUCCUCCUUUGCCUCUCGGACUCGAAAGCGUAAAGAUCGGUGUCCUACAUGCUUCGUCUUCCUUAAAAACAUCGCGCAAACCUACCUCAUAGGCAAACGCAUGCAUCGCGGCACGAUGGAGAAACGUAUCAGAAAUUGCGGUAUUAGAAAUUGUAAGAUUGUCUGGGGAACGAAAUUACUUGAAACAGAUACGAAUUAUCGUUCAAUAUGCAGUGGCGACCGUUGAUAACUCUCAUGAAGGCUAUAAUGAAUUCGGGAUCGACGAUUCUAGCAGAACGUAUACGCGAGAACGUUCUUGAAGACGUUUUUCCCGACGAUUGUUCCUCGAAUCCGCGACUAUGCGAAUUCUAUGAAAGAAAUCUUUCAAAUGGGAUCAGAAAUGCUGCUUUACGAAACGGUAUAAUUUAAGUAUGAAGGAAAAGUGCGAUGCGCGUAUUUAGAUUCACAUAGUAUGCUGCGUAGAAGCAGCCCGACGUUGAAGCCAAAGUAAAACUAAUCCUAAUAUCCAGUCGGGGAACGUAGCGCAGAGGCUGUAGGCUGGAUACGCGCAGCAAGCGCGAAUAAAAUGCCAAACUUUACUUCUAAUCGUAAUCAUUUAGUCAGGGUUUAGUUGUCCGUCUCAUCGUUGAUAAGUGAUUAAGUAGGCUUAGAACUAAGCAAGCGUAUGACAGUCAGUUGGCUUGGUUAUGAAUCUUAGGUGAGGCGAAGAAAUUGCGAGUCGAAGAAAAUAAUGAGUGUUUUUUUCGCAAAACGACACGAGCGACGGUAUUGUGAUUGGAAACGUGAGGAAAGUGGAAAAAGAUGAUAAUGAUCAGGCAGUCUGAAUCAUCGAUGGCUCGUCAUAUGAGUCAUCCGUCCGAGAGUCCACGAGGACACUCGAGAAAGAUUUUUGCGAUAGGAUGCAACCGAUACAUAUUUUUUCAUGUGAUAUUAAUUUGUUACAGAGAUAGCCUAGUUUCACCUGUGAUCUGUUACUUAAUUCCCCUUAUCCGCGCGCGCGUCGGCGCUGUCGCGCGAGCGCGCGCGAUAACGAUAAUAAAAUAAUUAAACUUGCUAUUAUUAUUACGUAGAAUCAGCAACGACGCGUCACUCAGACGCGAUGAUGAGACGUCCGUGGUGUCACAAUAAUUUUUCAAAUUAGAAAUUCGAUUCGCAGAGGUUGUGAGCGAAUUUUCGUUGGCCGCGCAAGCAAGAGAAGUUUUGCUUAAUAUUAAGUAGUGACGUAGGGAACCUACGGUGAGAAGUAGCGAGUGCCAGUUGCAUCGUGUUGUAAAAAUUACCCGAUACUCUCGUUUGAUUUAAUUGUUUAAUCCGUGUAUACGAAGUAAGGUAUUAAUUCCCUUAUCAAAGCUGAUGUUUAAAUUCGUGAUCAUUGAAACACUUGAAUUAUGAGCGAGGCACUCUCUACUUUCGCAUCUAAUUAGGUUGAGUGUAAUUUAUACGUCGUAUUUUAAGCUGCCAGUAUUAUUAACUGUAAUCGAUAAUGCAUAUCCACACAUAUAUGUUAAUGUUUAAGACAUUAUAUUAUCUCUAUAGCCCGAUCAUCGACACUAUAAUCUAUACAUAUUUAUUUCUUCUAUUAUAUUUAUUACAUUGAAUAUGAUGAUGAAA